CUGCACUGGACGAAACAAAAUUGUAGUUCCGGAAAAAUGGCCUCUGCUAAAAAACACAGAUCCAGAAGAAGAGUUGCUGCAUUGAAUUUCUUAUCUAACAUAUCACUAGAUGGUACACAUAAUGACACGAAUUAUUGUAUAUUUAAUAAGAAGGGGAUAUUUGAUCGUAAAACCCAAGCUUCAAUUGAUGUGUCGCCAUUAGAAGACUCUAACAAAUUUGAAAAAAAUGUUGAUGAAAAUAAUCAAGAAACUGAAAGUGAAACUGCUGCUGAUAAGAUUGAAAAUCAAAAACCAAGUGAACCAGAAAAUAUAUCGAAAGAAAUAGAAUCAAAACAGUUUGGAGCAGAGAGUGUAGCAGAACUUCCUCAUCCUGCAAGAUUUAGAGAACUUCAAGAUUCCAGUGCUAUCAGCAAACAUGUGAGGGCUGUGACAUAUUCAGGGGAUAAAGAGAGGUACCACCACAAGAGGAAGCUGCUCCACCAAGCAGGCAUCCUUGACACUACUGGCAAAGACAGCCAAGAAAAUUUAGUUACGCGACGUAGAAGACGUCACUCUAGUUCACAGUCUACCAGUUCAACAGAUUCAACAGUAGCACCAAGUAUAACAACUAAAAAGGAAGUGAGAUUUCUUACAAGCAAAGACAGAAUCAAACAUGAGAGGUUUGUUGUUUUGUCACAUAGAAAGGCACCAUUGGCCGUGUGUUCAGUCCUGCCUUAUAACAGACGUCAUGCUUACGGAAGGCCCAAAGUGACUCAUCCUAGACUUGUCCAAUCAGAAACUGCAAAGAGUAGACACACCUCUACUACUGUAGACAUCUUCAUACACUCUGCACAGCCACUUGAAGGACAGGAUGUAUCAUAUAGUACAUACUUGGUGCCCUCCAAGGAUUCUAUGGUACUGCCCCCUGGGGAUCUUAACACAAGGUCUUUAUGCCCUGAUAGUGCAACAGUCCUUGCAGGGCAACAUUCACCAGCUAUAGCAUUAUUAUCAACCACUACUGUAGUUCCAAUACAGGGGUCAAGUAAUGAUGCUAGAGUGGCCAAUCCAGUUGUGCCAACAGUUGUAAAAUCUCUAGAGUUGGAACAAGUGAAGGAUUUACCUUAUCAUCCCAACUUGUUAGAUGAUCCUGAGUUCACAUCUGGUAAACAUAGGACCCUCAUGACAUUCUCCUCAUACAUGACAUCUGUAAUAGAUUACGUGAAGCCAUCGGAUCUAAAAAAAGAUCUGAAUGCUAACUUCAAGGAGAAGUUCCCCUACAUACAACUUACACUUAGCAAACUCAGGAGCCUUAAAAGAGAAUUGAAGAGAAUUGCACAUGAGAAGUGUGGCCUUGAUCUGUGGACAGUUAGCCAAUCAUAUGUGCUUUUUGAGAAACUCAUACUUAAGGGUAUGAUAGGGAAGUUGAAUCGUAAACUCUGUGCUGGAGCAUGUCUGUUACUCUCUUCAAAACUAAAUGAUGUCACUAAAGGACCAACUCUCAGCAAACUUAUUGAGGAGAUUGAGACACGAUUGAGAGUAAACAGGAAAGACCUACUUGCUUAUGAGUUCUAUGUCUUUGUGGCCCUAGAAUUCAGCUUAUUGGUGCCUGAUCAUGAAGUCUAUCCCCACUACAGACGUUUGGUCUACCAGAGUUCAUAGCACAAGAACAGUGUAAUUAGUGUUCCUGAUCAUUUUCAUCCCCAUCAAGUUCAUCCCCAUUAUGGAACAGAACGUUUUUGAAAAUUGAUGCGGAAGUACGAUGUAUUUAUAAAUGGUUGCCAUUUAGAGUGCCAAAUUAUACUAGUCCAACAUAAUGCUUAAUGAAACAUGUUUAACAGUAAUAUGUGUAAAAGGUAGGCUAUAUGUAGUAUAUAGUGAAAGAGAUAUACUCUACACUUUGUCAUUGUGUGGACUGGAACUGAAGAAACAUAAGGUCAUGAAUACAUGUAUUAUACUUAUGUAGCAUUGUUUAUAUGUAGUUGAGUCAAUGGUUUUGUAUUUUUACACUUCCUGAAAGUAAAUUCAAUUUUUGAUUGUAAACAAAAUAAAAAAUGAC